CUUUCAAUUCCGGCCGCUCGCUCGCUUGUUUUGCCAUACAAGCCCUCCUCGUGAUAAGUCGACCCGCCUGCCUUUGAGGCGCUCAAAUCAAUUGCCCUGAUCACCGAAUUAUUGCCCAGGUUUCUUUUGCACUGGUGCAAAAUCACGAAUGAGCUCAACACAACCAAACAUCAUUAAAGUUUACUCUCCAAGUACCAAUAAGGCAGCUGCUAUAACAACGGCAGCCUCUUCUGCCUCCACAUCAACAUCAACCACUGACUCAAGUAGCCUGUCAACAAACAUUACAAUUCCAAGCAAUGCAGCAGCAUCGCGAAUGCUGGUCCCUGCAUUUCUGAUCCCCAAACCAGACGGAACCUCUACCAUUGCCCAUAUUGUACCAACAACACAGGCAGGAGGGACUAUUUCUUCUGGUUCACAGACUUUCCAAAAUCUUAUUAUCAACACUGGCUCAAGGAAUGCACAGGGAUCAAGCACCCUGCUUGGAGUUUUGACCCCGCUUGGGAGUGGUGGCCAAAGUGCUGUCAAAGUCGUGACAACAGGUGCACCUGCUGGAGCAAAAAUCAGCAUCACACCUUCUGCAUCUUCAACCACUAAGACCACCACUACUGUUCCAGCAACGAAUGUCUUGACAUUUUCAAGAAAAGUGACUAAAGACUCUCCGGCAGCGCAAGGCAACUCGAUUGUGCAAAUUGCUCAGCAGGUUAUGAAUCAACUGAGCAAGAUCUCUCCUGGACAGCAAGCAAAGAAAAUGCAGCCCUUAGCAGGAGGUGAAAUGGUUGACACGGCUGAAAAGGGAAAAGACGCAAGUAAUGCCACAGCAAAGCCCUCCAUUGAAUUCAAAUUGCCAACUGGAAGCGUGGAUCCAGCUAAUGUCACAUACAAAAAAAUGAGCGACGGAAGCUACAUGGCCAUCGUGAACGAGUUCCCGAAUCUAAUUACUUUUAAAGGUCCUACAGACACAGAAGCAAACGAGAGUGUUGAAGGUGAAGAGAAAAAGCAAGAGGUUUCUGCAGGAGAAAAGCAGAAUGAUGAGGCCAAGGGCAUUGUUUUAGAGUCGGAUGAAAAAAUGGAAGAAAUGACAGAGCUUUUGGAGCAAGACAUUUCUGAGGGCGCUGGCCAAUGUGACCAGACCCGCCAAAGCCAGGAACUGAAGAAAGACGAAGCUGAAAGUGAAAAUGAUUCCGAUGAUAAAGGAGACAAGAAAACUGAUGAAGAAAAACCGAAGCCUCCUCCUAGGCAGUUCAAGAGACCUAGCAUUUUAGGCUCCAGAAAGACUGAUAAACCCACUCAAGCAAUGCUUAAGGAGAAACUUCAGGAAGAGCUGAGGAGAAUGGAUGCAGAAGAAAAGAUUGUGGAAGCAAAUAAAAAGAGAAAACAAAAAUUUGUACGCGACAAAAAAACUGGUGCUAAAAUUGCAACAAAAAUUGACGAGAGCCUCAUUAAGCCUGCCAUAGAAGACUUUGACCCAGCCAAUCUUCUUGAGUGGCGAGAUGGUGUUGGCGUUUUGCCUGGAAGCAAUUUAAAGUUCCGAGUAAAUGAGCUUGGUCUCAUGGAAUUGGUUGAGGAGUCUGAGGAUUCUGACAUGGAGCUGGACACAGAAGAUUUGCUAAAAAAGUGUGAAAAUAUUCCCUUCAUCCAUAACAAAACCAAAUCAGACGCAGACGGUGAAACUGUGCCCAAAAAGAGGUCCAGAAAAGAAAAAGUGAGCUCAUUGGACACCUGUUGUUGUGAGCAGUGUGGCUGCUAUGGGUUGGCAUCCGAGUUUAUAAAGAAAAGGUUUUGCAGUUCAACAUGCUCUGAUAAAUUUGAAAAGCGCAAAGCUGCUAUUCGCAAAAAGAAAGAACAAGAAGAGUUGGAAAAACUUGAAAAAAAGCGUGCAGAAGCGGCUGAGGUACAACUUCAGAUGCUGGACACAUCAAAGUGGACAUUUUCUGCAAUUGGCUCAGAAGAGGGAACCAGUGAGGCUUUGCCCUGUCCUGAUUCGCCAGAUCCUGAAGAAACUCCAACGUCAGAUAGUGUACUUGGAGAUAGCAAACCAAACACUGAACCAAGUUCGCCUGCACCGUCUUCAUCAGCUACUCCAAUCAGUGACCCUGAAGAAGAUCCAAGAAACAACGAGGGAUAUCCGAAUGAUAUGCCGUGGAUUAAUUUUAACACUGACCGAACUCCUAACUUCUUGUGGCCCAAGUACCUGGAAUUUACCAAGACUAGAGCAGCUCCAGCUAAGCUAUUUGAAGAGGGUGGAUUUCCAGACAGGGCCAAUGGUUUUAAGCCUGGAAUGAAACUGGAAGGCAUCGAUCCUCGCAUUCCAUCUCAGUUUGUUGUUCUGUCAGUGGUUGCCACAAAAGGAUUCCGGGUAAAGCUUCACAUGGAUGGUUCUAAUGACGCCAAUGAUUACUGGGUCAAUGCUGACAGCAAGGACAUUUUUCCUGCAGGACAUUGCGAAAAGAUUGGGAGAAAAUUGACGCCACCCAAGGCUUUUGCAAAGAAAUUUACCUGGGCGCAUUAUUUGAAAGUAACCAAUGCUCCCCUGGCGCCAAGAAACUUAUUUGUCCACCGUCAAACUAGCAAAAAUGCGUUGGGACCCAGUGGAUUCAGAGUUGGGAUGAAGCUUGAAGCCCUUGACAAAUCCAAUCAUGAACUAGUUUGUGUUGCGACAGUGACAGACAUUUUGGGUGGCCGCAUUCUUAUCCAUUUUGAUCUUUGGGAUGAUACUUAUGACUACUGGGCUGACCCAUCAUCCCCAUACAUCCACCCUGUAGGUUGGUGUGAUUCUGUGGGAGUGGAAUUGUUGCCUCCAAAAGGCAUGAAGGACUUCAGCUGGGAUGAUUAUUUGCAAGAGACAAAAUCUCAAGCUGUUCCAAUCAGGGCUUUUAAGCCAAAAACUUGCCCUGGUUUUAAAAAGGGAAUGAAACUGGAGUGUGUUGACCCAAGAUUCCCUCAAUUAAUAAGGGUUGGAUCAAUUCUUGAAGUGAAGAAUAGCAGAUUACACAUAGGUUUUGAUAACUGGCCUUUGGAGACAUCUACGUGGAUGGACUGCGAUUCCCCUGACAUACAUCCGAUGGGCUGGUGCAACAAAACAGGGCACCCUCUUGGCCCACCGCCUGUGCCAGGUGUUGAAUACCAGUGUUAUACCCAAGGGUGCCGAGCCCUUCUGAAAAACAGCCAAUUUGUUCUACCUCACAUGGGAUCUUGUCCAUUGUCGACAUCAAAUUUGGCCAAGGCUAGACUUUGCAGAUACAAAGACUGUAAACAGAAGCAACUGGAAGAAAAAGUAGAGUCAAAAAUGGAGGAGGAGGAAGAGGAAGAAGAAAUGCCAGAGGAGGAUGAGGCAACAAUCGAGAACGAGGACCCCCAGAUUGAAGUUCCGCAAAUUAGGAGAAGGAAGAUUAGAGGCAUCGAGCUUGUCGUCACCAAGCCCAUGAGCGCCUCUGUUCGAUCCGAUGUGCAUGACUCUGUGUUCAGGCCUGGAUAUGCACCUUCUGUAAAGAGCAUGCCAGUCUCCCGGGCUACACAUUCAAAACUUGUCAACUGGAGCAGCAUUGAUGGCAAAUUUGAUACAAAGGCCGAUAGCGUCAAGAAAUGGUCACCAGAAAAGGUAUCGUCAUUUACCGAGCAAGUUAUAGGAGCAAAAGACAAGACUAAAAUAUUUAUUGAUGAGAAUAUCAACGGAAAUGCCUUCCUAAUGCUCAGUCAAUCUGACCUUGUGGAUUUGCUUGGGUUCAAAAUUGGCCAAGCUGUCAAAAUUUACAACAGCAUUCUGCUCCUCAAAGAAGAUAAGUGAGUCAACAAUGUUGUUUAAUGUAACUAUAAUACAAAACUGAAUCGUUCAAUUUUCACUUAACGUCUUAUUGGUUUACCAUAUGCUGUAUAUUGAUGCUGUGUCCUGCAACAUGCUUUAUGUCAUAAAUCAAUCAAGGAUAAUCAUUUUUUCAGAAUAUUUUUGCGCUGACUUUUACUGAUCCAGUUUUCUUUAACUGGCACAAUGAGCUCACAUUGUUGUACAUAUUAUAAUGAAGCUGCGAAAAGCUAACAAAUUUUUUUGUCAUUGGAUUGAGACGUUCCAAAUGUAAAUAACAAUAAAACUUAAAUAUAUAUCUAUAAAUUCUGAUGA